GUCAGGAGUGGGCGUCAGACUCAACUUUAAUAGACGCUGUGCUACAGACUUAUUUCAUAAUCAUGAAACUGUUUCACUUUUUACUGAAAGAUGUCACGCCCAAAAUUGAGUAUUAUUCGAGGUUCUCGCCCUCACCGAUGUCAAUCAAACAAUUCUUGGAUUUUGGCAGGGAAAAUGCAUGUGAGAAAACAUCCUUCAUGUUCCUGCGGAAAGAACUAGCAGUGAGGCUGGCCAAUACCAUGAGGGAAGUCACCUUACUGCCUGCCAAUCUUCUCAGUCAGCCUUCCGUCAAACUGGCCCAUUCCUGGUAUAGCCAGAGUUUUGAAGAGCUGUGCGAGUACGAGAAAAGAAGUCCAGAGGAUCCCCGAACCCUCAAUGACUUCCUAGAGAUCCUAAUUAAGAUUCGGAACAGGCACAAUGAUGUGGUGCCUACAUUGGCCCAAGGUGUCAUCGAAUACAAAGAGAAGUUUGGCUUUGACCCCUUCAUCAGCAGCAAUGUGCAGUACUUCCUGGACCGCUUCUACACCAAUCGCAUUUCUUUUCGCAUGCUCAUUAAUCAGCACACUCUCCUGUUUGGCGAUGCAGCUUGUCUUGCACAACCAAAACACAUUGGAAGCAUUGACCCUGCCUGCAAUGUAGCUGAGGUGGUGAGAGAUGCAUAUGAAACAGCAAAGAUGCUCUGUGAGCAGUACUACAGGAUGGCACCUGAACUAAAGAUCAAGGAAUUCAACUCCAAAACGCCCAAGAAGCCUAUACAGGUGGUGUAUGUGCCCUCUCAUCUGUUCCACAUGCUGUUUGAGCUCUUUAAGAAUUCCAUGCGGGCCACAGUAGAGCUCCAUGAAAACAACAGCGAAGGGCUUCCUCCAGUGGAAGCACUUGUUACUCUGGGAAAAGAGGACCUCUCAAUAAAAAUAAGUGACCAAGGUGGGGGCGUCCCCUUGCGAAAGAUUGAUCGUCUCUUCAAUUACAUGUACUCCACUGCCCCAGCACCACGUCUGGAUCCCUCACAAACUGCUGUCCCACUGGCUGGUUUUGGCUAUGGCUUACCAAUCUCAAGACUUUAUGCACGCUACUUUCAGGGAGACUUGAACCUGUACUCGAUUGAUGGGGUCGGGACAGAUGCAGUUAUUCAUCUAAAGGCUCUUUCCAGUGAAUCUUUUGAGCGUCUUCCAGUUUUCAAUAAGUCAGCAUGGCGACAUUACCAGACAGGUCCUGAGGCUGAUGACUGGAGCAACCCCAGCAGUGACCCAAGAGAUGCAUCCACAUAUAAAGUUAACAGAUGACUUUAUUGUACCUGCUAGCUAUUGAGGAGCUGCUUAAAAAUUAUAAUUGCCAAGCUCAUAUAGAUCAUUGCUGGAGAAAGAAAUAUCUUUGGCUAACUUAUCUUUGGCAUUUAUUUUUGGUGCUUACUGCCACUUCUGACUUUUUGAAAUAUUUUAUUUAUAGUUUUAUAUAGUAGUGAAUGUGUGAAGAGUGUUGGAUUUAUGUAACAGACAGAAGAACAUUAUGGUUUGUCUGUAUGAAGUCUCUUUUAUACACCAAUCACUGCUGCUGUGAGCCCUAAAUAACUAAAAUAGUACUUCUCUGUGAGCUUGCUUGUGUGAAUAAUCCAAUGGUAUAUUUAAGAUGUCUAUAACAAAAUAUGCGGUCCAGCAGGAAAAGCAUGCUAAACAUAUACACUACCGGUCAAAGGUUUAGGGUCACUUACUCAUUCUUUAUUAUUAUAAUUUUACACAUAUUAGAAUAAUAAAGUCAUCAAAACUAUGGAAGAACAGAAAUGGAACUAUAGGAAUUGUGUUGUUUCUAAAAAAAAAAAAAAAGGUAAUAUUUUAGCAUAUUCAAAGUAUUCACCUUUUGCAUAGAAUUUUCAGAAAUGUACUCUUGACAUUUUCUCAAUCACCUUCUUGAGGUUUCACCCUUUAGUUUUGUAAUUAAAUAAAUUAAUGUUUCAAACAUGUAAGCAUAUGCCUUCAAAUCAAAAGGUUUUUAAGAUCAUGAGAAUCAUUUCAGUCAAUUGUCCCCAAAUUUUGAAUGGCAGUAUAAUCGGAAAUAUAUGUUAUCGACUAUUGAUGAUAAACUUUUGCAAAGGGGAGGAUCUCAGCUUUCUAAUAACACUUAGUUUGAGUUUGUAGUCCACUCAGAAGCCAAGAUAUUUGAUGAAACAAUGGGGGUGGAGCAUGAAUUGAAACACAGACUGAAUGUCUAUGGACGAGCACAUCCGUGAGGGCUAAAAUGCAUUAGCGUGCCACCUACAUUUCAUAUCUGCAUUUUUUGCAGGAUUCUUUAUUCUAGUACUUGUCAUCUAGUGGAAUAAAAUAAGAUUUUUUGGAGAGGGAUGGUGUGAACAGAACCAUAAUUACAUACUUACAAAUUAGGAUGAAUACAAAAAAGAUUUAAAAAAAUUCCAUUCAUCAUAAGAUUGUAAACCUAUACAAUUGUACAGUAUGUUGCAUGGAGUAUUUGCUUCUUUAACAACCAUGUCAUGCCAUAUUUCCCAAUGUGCUUAUCAUCAUGUUUUAUCUAAUCAACUAUUCUGGCUUUUAAAACACUCCCUUAUACAGCAGGUC